AUGACCUCAACAAUAUCCUUCAUCUUUUUUAUAAUGAUAAUGAUGUUUUUAUUACGAGUAGAAGGGUAUAAUGGUGAUCCUUAUCGUGGGUUGAUAUUAUUAGCUGAAAAUAAAGACAUUCGAUCUGGUGUACUUAGUGCGGAUCAUCGUUGUCAAGAGUACCCUGACAAGUUCCCAGCGUCUCGUAUCACGAAUCGUGGCAAAGUACAUUGUACAUUGUGGACAGAGGAUCAGUGUCAAGGUUCUUUAUAUGUGAUUCCUGCUCAUUACGAAAUGCCAAAUCCAGAAGACAUCUCUUUCAAGUCUGUGAUUUGUUAG